AUGCCGAUGAUGCUCAGUCCCGACACGUUGCUGUUCUCAACUAGCAGGAAACGGCCGUUUACUCCCUCACCAUAUGGUCACCAGACUAGGAUCGCCACUCAAUGUCAUCAUGAAAUUCACCCCUCCAACCCACCACAUACCCCUAGGUGUCCCAAGUGCACUAUUUCCCUAGCCAGAGGAAAGUCCGACGUCGCACUGAAGGAGCUGGUAGCCGAGGGUGGAUUGAGGCCUCUAGAGCACAUGCGCAACCGGCGGUGGAACUUAGCAAGAAUAGGGUAUCUGAUAGCGAAACAGCGGCUUGAGAGGACCCGCCUGACCGAUCAGUUACGCUGGGAACGUGAGCGGGCGUGGGAUGAGGCUCAUCAACGGUUCGACACCCACAAUGUCCAGGCAGCAGUCCUGUCCCCAAACCCUUCUUUGUGCCCAGCUUGUGACUCUUUGGUGGCGUCCUACCCGACAACAAUGCCUGAGGCUCAAAUCGCCCAAUAUGUAGCUUGGUGGGAGAAAUCAGGCGCUCUUGCCAACUCGCACGCACCUGUGCAUGUGCAUAGGCAUCGGACACCAUUACGCUCGCGCAAGCAGAAUUCUAUCCAUAUGCAAGUCAAAAGAGAAAACUCGAAACUGCGCCAGAUAAUCCAGACCGUGCGCAGGUCCGUACAAGAAAACAAAGAGCUCCAGCUAGCCUGGGAAAUCCGGCAAAAGAACGAGGCAGCAAUACGUCGUAAGCACGGUUUGGGCGAUUGCUACAUAGCCGCCAAUUUCUGGAAAGAGCCAAUAUCCGGCUGUUUUAGUCGACGUGCCCAUCAGAACCAAAAGGACCAGAUCCGUAUGGCAGAGCGACGCGCACGCGGUGGCACCGCGCGACCCAGACUACCACGCAGCUCACUGUCCUACUCGGAGACAACGGAAGACUUGAAUGUCGAACCAGGCUUUGAGCAAACACUGAAACAGAAAGAAGACAGAGAAGAAUGGGAGCGUUUGGUCAAGAAGGCUGCAGGAGAAAUUGGGUACCUUUACUUUAUUGGUGGUGGUUUUGGUGUCGAUCGCUUGGCGAUGUGGCGAGAGGAGUUUGACAAAAGUAAUCCGUAUCUCGUGGAGAGAAACGAACCUCCCCAUUCACAAAUAGUACGCGGUGAAGACGUUCAGGGGGACUGGGACGAUGAGAUGGACGUGGAUGAGAUGGAUGUUGAUGGUGCCUAG